AUGUGUCCGCGAGGCAGCGUGGGCGCGAGGGCCGCGCAGCUGCUGCUGCUGCUGCUGUGCCUGGCAGCGCGGGAGGCGCGCUGCGCGCAGGCGCAAAACGGCGGCGGCGGAGGCGGCGAGCGGCAGCUGCGCCUGGAGGACAUCGAGCGAGACAACCUGCUCAGCGCCAAGCAGCGGCAGCUGCAGCAGCAGCAACAGCAGCAGCAGCACCAGGCGCAGCAGCAGCAGCUGGCGCUGCUCUACCAGCAACAGCAACAGCAGGCGCAGCAGCAGCAGCAGGCGCAGCACGCGCAGACCGCUCAGCAGCAGCCGCAGCAGCCGCAGUACCAGACAGAGUAUAUCAGCCAGGACCAGCUGGCGGCCUACCUGCAGCAGCAACAGCAGCAAGCGGCGCUGCUGCAGCAGCUGUACCAGCCGCAGGCGCAGCAGCAGGCGGCGCAGGCGCAUGCGCAGCCGCAGGCGCAGGCGCUGCCGCAGUUCUACUACCAGCCGGCGCCAGCGCCUGCGCAAGCAGCGGCCCAGGCCCACGCCGCCGCCCCCACCGCCUCCCUCUUCUCCGGCGCCGCGCAGCCCGCCUUCUACUACCCGCAGCUCAGCGGCAAGACCUCUUUCACCGGCGUCAGUGCAAACUCUUUGUCUCCCGCCUCUUCUGGAGCCACCUCGGCCGCCCACGCCGCCGCCGCCGCCGCGCCUUCCAGCCAGGCGCUCCAACGUCAGCAGCAGUACCUGCAACUGCAACUCCAACAGUACCUGCAGCAACAGGGGCAGCAGGAGUACCAGGCGCAGGCGCAGGCGGCGCUUCCUGCGCACGCGCAAGUGCAGCCCGUGCGCUACCAAGUGGUGCAGGGCGCGCCCGCCGACGGCGCCCUGGCGCACGAGUACCUGCUGGCCGCCAAGCAGCAGCAGCAGCAGCAGCAGCAGCAGCAGCAGGCGCUGCUCCAGCAGAGCGCAGCGCACGCCGCGGCGCCGCCGCAGCAAGUGCAGUACGUCUACCAG